CUGUGCUCAGCGCUCCGUCGUUCACCCUGAGGCUCAACAAACUGACGCUGGGGAAGGAGGAGGAGGGCGAUGGUCAUGGUGAGGAGGAGAAGGAUGAGGAGUGCGGUAUUGUGGGUGACGAUGAAGACAACGACGAUGAUGGCUACAACGACAACGAUGAUGACGAUGUCCGUGACGGCGGUGAUGACGACCGCCGUGACUAUAACGUUGAGGUCGAUGGCGACGACUUCGACGACGAUGACGAUGGCCGUGACGGCGGUGACGAUGACCGCCGUGACUACGACGUCGAUGGCGACAACCUCGACGACGAUGGUCCUGGGGAGGCUGGGGAGUUGGAGGCGGUGGUUGACGGAGAGCCGGAGGUGUGGAAGCUGUCGUUGUUGGUCUCCGUCGGGCGUGGGUUGAGGACGCUGGUGUCGCACGACGUGGAGUUCCACCAUCAGGUUGACAUCUCGACAAGAGGCGGCGUUCGACGCACGGAACGCUUCAUCGGAUGCCGGUACCAACACCAAAUUAUGCUUCUGCCGGGACGCGAGGAUGAGUACUGCGUCCGCGUGAGAAUGGUAGCCGACUUCCCACGGUGGAAGGCAGGGGAGUGGUCUCCACUGUCGUGUGUCUCCGUCCCUCCACCACACAGCACCGUGGCCCCUCGUGUGGGUGUCGACACGGACGGCCAGGUCACGGCAGUCGUCGGCCAGAAGGUGGCGCUGCUGCGCUGCGUCCUGUGGGGUGCGGCCGUGGUGGUGGUGCAGGCCAACUGGCUGAACGCCUCCCGUGACGACGUCUGGGCGGGGGCCAAUUUGGCCACGCUCAGCCCGCUGCACGGCACGGCGUACUCCAACUCGUCCCUCGCGGGCCGACUGCGGUUCCGCGUUGGGGGGCCUCCCGGCGACGUCUCGCUGGAGCUGCUGGACGUGCGGGCUGGCGACGGGGGCCUCUUCCUCUGCCACGUGGCCACCUUCCCCCACGGCAACUUCGAGGGGAGGGUCAACCUCUCUGUCAUCGACGGAGGUUCUUUCCAAACCAACCGGCAACCAUGA